UUUAUGUCCUUCGUUUUACAUCUCAGAGACUUCAAAUUUUCAAAACCUUCUGAACAUGUACGGACAGCCGUCGCGCGGCGGUGGCCCUACGCCGAUCUCAACAGCCGCCAACUUUAAUCCAAACCCUAAUCUAUACUAUUCGCAGAGUCCAAAUGUCUUCCCUAAUCCUUUCCAAAACGCUUGUUUACAAUAUCAGAAUCCUAGCUUUCAAUUCCCAAACCCUAACUUUCAGUUCCAGGCUCAGCUUUCGAGGCCGACGACAGUCGUCGAGAUGAUCGAUAUGGCAGUGCUGAAGGCUCACCGCGAAAUUCUCGCAACUGGAGAGGUUGUGUCAGCAUGGAAAGCGUCUCAAGCAGCUCUGGUAAUGCUUCAGGUUGACACCUGGGACUCUUUGGGUUUGCAAAUGCAGCAAGUGCCCGCUCUUCACCGCCUUAUGCUCACCGAAGGAAAGAUUAAUGCCUUCAUUCACUGCUUUGUUGGCGCUCGAAGAAUUACAACAUUGCAUGAUUUGGAAAUUGCAAUAUGCAAUACAGAGGGGAUUGAGCGGUUUGAGGAUCUGGAAUUGGGGCCUUUGGUGAAACACCCAUUAAUUAUACAUUAUUUUUCUCUCAGUGCUGAUGCCACAGAAGUGUGCAGAAUGACAAGUGAAGAGAUAGUGUCAUUGCUUUCUGAGUUCAUGAAUAUCAAUAAACAAAGAUAUGUAGAAAUUGAGGAGCUUUUGGAUUUUAUUGCAAAGAAGAAAUCUGUAACAGCCAAGGAAAAGCUUGGUGUGCGAAUUCAGAGCUUGGGGAUGCAUGCCACAUUAAUCCGACAAGCAUCGGAGUUAGAAAUCACCACUGUUGAUGAAGAAAUUACACGGCUGGGAUGUAGCAAGAGUAGUAAACAAUCCAAAAGAAAGAGAAAGUGUAGCAAUAUUAAGGGUCCUGUUACUUCACCUCAAAACGUGCGCAAAACAAAAAGGAUCCAAACACCAUUCAGUAGGAAAGAUCAGAUAAAAAGUUCUGGCAAAAAGAAUAAAAGGCUAGUGAAGCAAGAAUCAACUGAUUCAAUUGAUAAGAGUAGUAAACAAUCCAAAAGAAAGAGAAAGUAUAGCAAUAUUCAGACUCCUGUUACUUCACCUCAAAAAGUGCGCAAAACAAAAAGGAUACAAACACCAUUCAGUAGGAAAGAGCAGACAAAAAGUUUUGGCAAAAAGAAUAAAAAGCUAGUGAAGCAAGAAUCAACUGAUACAAUUGAUUGCUCAUAUAGCAGUGAUUCAAUGAAGAUGUUCAUUACCACUUGGAAGGAGACAUGUCAAGCAAACAAUGUGGAUGAGGUGUUUGAGAAGAUGAUUCAAGUUUAUAAGAUAAGGAAGAGAGCAACAGCUAGAAAAUUGUUUUCCGCAUUCCCAUUUGUUGACUUGCUUCAUAUUGCUGUAACAUCUAUUAAAAAUGGAAUGUGGGAUAGCAUGCAUGAUACCGUCCAAAGUUUCAGCCAACUUGAUGUAGCAAACACAGUUUCUGAGAAUUGUUCUGAUUUUAUAUCCAUUCAUGUUGAAUCACCUAGAAGGAAAGCAUCCAGUCUUUCUCAAAAACUUUUGGCACCCGAACAUGUUUCAGCUUCAAAUUUGUCUAAUUUGAGAGAUGGAGGUCAGCUAUCUCUCUGCCCAGCUGAUGGUCAACAGGCACUUUUAACGGGUAGACUAGGAGAAUUUGUUGCUUCCGAAUACUUCAUCGGAAAAGUUGGUAAAGCAUUUGUGAAGUGGGUGAACGAAACUUUUGAGACUGGGCUGCCUUAUGACCUUGUAGUGGGAGAUCAGGAAUACAUAGAAGUGAAGGCAACCAAAAAUGUCAGGAAGUGUUGGUUCAAAAUAUCUGCAAGGGAGUGGCAAUUUGCAGUUGAAAAGGGUGAACUUUACAGUAUUGCACAUGUCAUAUUAUCAUCUACAAAUACAGCUACAGUCACAGUAUACAAAAAUCCUGCCAAACUCGUCCAGCUUGUAAUGAAAGCUGAGGACAAGCUGAUUUGGAAUGAGGAGUAGAAGAGGGAGUUUUCUGUCAAGAGUUGCUACCGUAAGAUCACAGGGGAAGCUCAAAUAACGGAAGGAACAACUUGGACAAGGAUGUGGGCUUUCAAUAUUCGUCCAAAAGUGAAGAUAUUUUUCUGGCAGACUUGUGUGAAUUGCCUGCCUACCACAGAAGCACUUCGGGUAAAAGUAUGACAAAUGUGGAUUCCUUUCAAGAAUGGAUUGAGAUCAAUUUCAUGGGGCAUACUGAUGAGAAAUGUUGUGAGUUGAUAAUGGUGUGCUGGAGCCUGUGGCAAGCUAGAAACAACAAAGUCUGGAAUCAAAAGAGCUCAUCACCGUAUGGUAUCCUGCUAGAGGCCAAUUCUUUUUUUACAUGGCUGGAGGGAGGCUAGGUGACUUGCCUUGGUGACUAAAUGGGAAAAACCUCCUGAUGGUUGGCUUAAGUUGAAUGUCGAUGCGGCAAUUGACACGGCAGGUAAAAAGAUGGGUUUUGGAUGUGUUCUGCACGACCAAAAUGGCGGCCUUGUUAUGGCGAUGGAAGUUCCAUGGAAAUGAGUGUUCAAUCCAAAGGUGGCAGAAGCUAUAGGCACUAGGGAAGCUUUGUCAUGGAUGAAGAAUUCUGGUCUGAACAACAUACAAAGUUGAAACGGACGCCAUGGAGGUGCUGAAUGGUCUCAAAACUGGCCGACUGAAUACGCCUUUUGAUCUGAUAAUUAAGGAUGCAUUAGAGCUAGCAUAUCAGUUUACGAACAUUUGCUUUUUACAUGUUAAACGAUUUGUGAAUAUAUAGUAGCUCAUUUACUAGCUAGAUUGUAUGGAGUGGCUCGCCAUUCCUUAUUUUUUUCGUGUAUGAAGCUUUAAUCUUUGAUUUACUAAGUUAAUACUAAUUGUUACUUAAAAAAAGAGUUAAUACCCAA